AUAAGCACUUGUUCAAGAAUUUUAAAUGUUCUCCUUAUAAGUAUAAAUAUUUAGGCGAUUGUGACAUUUCAACAGCUAAUUGAAAGAGGUAAGUCGUGCUGUGACAAUAUUUGUGCUGUAAAAUUUUGAUUUACGUAUUACAUGUACGUUUUAUGAUAUUAAUACACAGUAUAUACUGCAAACAUUUCGAACUUCUUUUAAAUGGAGGAAAAGAGGUGAUUGAAUCAUAUUAUGAUGAUGAUGUUACAUGUCACGAGACUUCGUUCUAUGAUUUAUCAAAGAUUUUUCACACACUUCCUUAUCGAAAGCAGCUAUUACUUUUAUGUUAUUAGAUGAAACUCCUAGGUAAAUCACAAUUAAAUAAUAUUAUAUAGAUAAAGGACUUUUGAAUGCGUGUUUGAAUUAUUGCGCACAUGUACUAUCAUUAUCAGUAUUACAAGAAGUGAUCAAGCGAUAUAUACAGUAUAGCGGUUUUUCCCCCGCGGAUCUAACAUUUGGCGAUUUGCUGGUUCAGUGGUAUGCUAAAUUUAGCGGAAUAAAUUUUGUCGGACAAGAAAGAGUUAUCUCUUUUACAAAUACUGAAGUCGCAAUUGGGUGCAUAUGGUGCGUGAAAUUUUGGUGGAAAGCUAUCUAACCGCUAAAGUAAGCCAAAUUUAUCACCUCGCGGAAAAAACAAAAAAAAAUUAAGAACAAUGUUUGAAUAAUAGCGUGCAUUAGUUAUGUAAUAUUUAUUGAUCUAAUAUACACUAAAUAAAACUUGAGUAGGGAGUUACUUGGAGCUUCAAAUUAAAUGCUCCUUAUAUACAUGUAACAUCAAUGAUCUCUCUCUGUAUUGGAAAUUAGAUGAUGAUGUAAAACUUAUACGGUACCAAUUUUGAUACACCAGAUGCGCAUUUCGACAAACAAUGUGUCUGCAGCGACGCCCGACCGAAAUGUCUGAAAUCCGAAAUAACUAUGAAGUUUUAGAGCUAAAUAUAGCCAAAAACAGCGUGUCAAAAAAGUGGAGCCAAAUUCGUCUAAGGAUAAGAGCCAUGCAUGAGGGAAAUAAUCCUUAAUUUUGAAAUGAAUUUCUAAAUUUUAUAACAGCAAUUAAAUGUACAUCCGUAUUUUCAAGCUAGUAACGAAGUACUUAGCUACUGGGCUGCAGAGACGCAAUUGUAAUCCGUCAUGCCGAAUGGUUGACCAAAGACAAAAAGAACGGUCGUUCAUAAUUUCAAAAUUUAAAACUCAGUAUUGCAAAUGUGUGUAUAAUGGUAGUUGUAGUUUAGUGCGACAAUUUAAAGGACACAUCGCAUAAUAUUUAAACUUUUUAAUUUUUUUGAGCAAAAUUCUUUUUAUUUCUAAAACUACUUUAAGGUUUGAAAAUAGUUAAUUUGUUAGCAACUUCAUAAACAGAUUAGAUUUAAUCGACAAAAACGGCAAUUAUCACGUUAAAAGCUUGUAAAUAGUAUUGCAGUAUAGUUUAAGGGUGUACUAUAAUGUAGCUGUCAUUGGAAAGGAUUUAAACUGAGGUUGUUCGCCAAUUUUUUAAAAGAAAGGUGUGAGUGAAAAGAGGUGGAUAAUGUUUUGUCCCCGCACGGACUUUGCCUCAAAACAAACCCCUGUCGCCUUUGUCCAUAUACUUUUUUUCAAAACGUAGUCACAGAAAAGAGACCCAGAUAAACGGCGAGGGAAUGGUUAUGUAAACGCUAAUGACUGCUAGGGCUACAGCAUAUUCAUUCUGUUCUGGUACUAAAAUUCAAUACACACUCGCACCAACUGACCUUCAUUUAACAACAACAUAUCACUUGUGCUCACAGUUUCUACCAGUUGCUCACGGAAGGUAAAAUAAACAAAAACAAACAAAACCAACUGGUAGAUUUACAAAAAUUUUAAAGACGAAAAAUAAUUGAACUUUCAAUAAUGAAUAAUAAAAUAUUGUAUUUCCCAACUUUAGAUUGAAUUAUGAUGUUUUCAUGUUGUUUUAUAAAUGAACUGGUAAGAACCAAGUGCAGUAGACCGCCGUGCUCCCACUUCCUAACAACGUGUAGUUCAGAAUUGAAAAAUGAUAAUGAUAACAAAAUUGCAUUAUUAAGAUAAAGUAUUGUGAUUUCUAUUAUAAUAUGGAUUUCAAAUGGGCACAUAUUCUUUACACAAAUGUGAAUGACGAAGAUGAUAAUCACAACACCAACCAUUGGACAUUCCGAUUUUUGGGAUGGCUGACAGCAUCCAAGACAUGCAAUAGUAUCAUCAUGGUGAAGUUGAGGAGCUUUAAGAUAAACUUGGAUAAUUCCAAAGGAAUAUUUGUGUCUGGUGAAACCGUCAGUGGAAGGGCAACGGUGGAUGUGGAAUCCGAAAUAACAUUUCAAGAGAUUAAUCUGGUCUUUGAUGGAAAGGCUUAUGUACACUGGUCUGAGAAGAGAGGAAGCAAAGACAAUCGACGCACUGUGUUCUACAGCGGAACAGAAUCUUACUUUAACAAUGUAGUUUGCGUGCUUGGGAAAGGUCUUGGAGGUGGAGAUGAACAUAUUUUACAUCCGGGACAGUACGUCUAUCCUUUCUCGUUUGUUUUACCACCAAAUUUACCAUCAUCAUUUGAAGGAGGCGUAGGACACGUGCGGUAUACUAUCAGAGGAACCAUAGACAGACCCUGGGGCCUUAACUAUAACACAGUUCUAGCGUUCACAGUAUUAAGUGCCUUAGAUCUCAACCAACAACCUCUAGCAACUAAUGGGGCGGAGGCUACAGAUUCAAAGAUGUUGUGCUGUUGGUGUUGUGAAUCAGGCCCAAUAACAGGAACUAUCAAGGUCAACCGAGUUGGCUAUGUUCCUGGAGAAUCUCUUUAUUUUGAGGCUAGUGUACAGAACAUGUCCAAUCGUGUAUGUCGCAUGUCCGCUGCCUUCGAAAUGGUAACCGUUUUUCAAGCGAAAACUAGAAGGAAAACGGUACCGCUCCGCAUUAACACCAUUACGCACCAGAGCCUGCAGCCUGGGGAUUCGGAAGUUUGGGGCGGCGAAAGAUUUAUCCUCCCUCCUCUUCCGCCAUCGUAUCUUCCUGGCUGCAAUAUCAUUGAUAUACGAUAUAUCCUGAAGCUCGCCAUAGUUCCCUCUGGAAUAGCCAUUAACAUGUAUGUUCCGGUUGAAAUCAUCAUAGGAACUAUUCCCCUUCAAUCAGCGGUGGAACAAUAUCAACAGACAUUAUCGUCAGCGCAGCCGUCGGCUCCUCCCCAAGUUGCAAUGCCUGCCCCUUCCUACAACGAGUCCAUUAUGGGUUCUACAAAUAUUGCAGGCGAGGAAGAUGGUGAACAGACACAAGGACAGCUGGACUUCACUCCUACAUAUACCUACUACGAUUGGUCAAAGUCUACUUAGUACUAGAACCUUCAUUGUUUCAAGACUACAGUGAAGAAAUACUUCAGAAACGUUAUAAUUUGCAUCUGUGAUAAUCAAUGAUUAACUUCCGAUGUGCGAACUUAAUGCCUGUAAUUACCACAAGACAAAAUGAAUUAAAGUCUUGUUAAAACAUUUCCCUCCAAGCUUAAAAUGUUAACUUUUUCACUUGGACAUUAAAAAAUGGAAUGAAGAGAAAAAAUAGUUUGGAUUUUCCCUCUCUUUAGCAAAUCUGACUUCUCAGACUAAACCAUAUUGACAGGUUGUCAAAAUAAUUAACACUGUAUAUUACAGAUUAUUACACUGGUUUAUUUUUUUAAUCAAUGUUUGAUUAUAUUCGUUUAUUGAAAAUAUGUAAUGAAAAUAUAUUAAUUUGU